AUGCUUCUUUCUCGUUCCAAUACCUUCCUUUUGAGUGCUUCUGCUUUCUUAUUGCUUGUUCUUGUCUCUUCCACCGUUCAAGCUCAAUAUCAAUUGCUUCAAACGUUCCCAGGUCUCACUUGCAGUGGAAAAGCCAUGGUUCAAGUCUACACCCCUUCCUCUCUCUGCAAGGCCUCCAAUUGCACCACCAAUGUUAAAACUUAUGUAGGUGAUUACAGUGCCAGUACCACUUGUACAACCACCAUUCCACUCUCACCAAAAGUUGGUGAAUACAUGAUACUUUCUUACCAAGAUUCGAAAUGUUCAGGAAAUCCAUCGAGUGUUUCAAUUAUUGCAUUGGACACUUGUAUUCCAGCUGCUAAUAUGACUUAUGGCUCCGUCAUGUAUAAGGGUUGUAAAUCUGUCGUGACUUACAAGGAUCAAAAUUGUAAAACUGAAGACACGACUGUUCCUAAUGCUAAUGUUGAUUGUGUGUUUGGCCUUUCACUUCAAUGUAGUGGUGCUGCAGAGUUCAUGUUGAGAGGAAGCACUGGAAUUGUGGUUUCAGUGAUGAUUGCUGUCUUGAUGAUGAUCUUUUACUUGUGA